AUGUGGAACAGCCUCCCUUUUGAUCUUCUUGCUAAUAUCUUCUCCUUCCUCUCUCCGGACUCCUUGGCAUGUGCCAAGACAGCAUGUCGGUAUUGGUACACGUGUGCCAAUUCAUGCCCAUUGAGCACGACUUCAUCAUUGGUCCGGCACCACCAAGCAUGGUUUGUAGCUCUGCCCACACGCAGCCUUGGGCUACAUUGUUAUCUUCACAAUCCGAAUAGCGACAAGUGGCAUGUGUUAUCUCUCGCAUUUCAACCUGACCCGCUCCGGCCCAUCGCCUCCGUAGGUAGCCUAAUUCUUUCAAGAUCCACAAAUUCUACAACUCUCCGAUUAGCUAUAUGCAACCCUUUCACUAAGGAAUUUAGAUCCCUUCCAACGCUAAACAUUGAAAGGACGAAUCCUGCUGUUGGCGUUGUGAUCUUAGGCCCAACCCAACAUAGCCCAUUUUUACAUUUUCGGGUCUACGUAGCAGGAGGGAUGUCGGAGGCUCCACGUGGUGCUUCCACGUACGAACCCACGUUGGAAAUGUACGAUUCGAAGGUUGAAACGUGGAAAGUUGUGGGGUCAAUGCCAGUGGAAUUGGCGGUGAGGCUGACAGUCUGGAGCCCCAAUGAGAGUGUGUAUUCUAAUGGGGUGCUAUAUUGGAUGACCUCGGCCCGAGUUUAUAGCAUAAUGGGCUUUGAGAUAGGGUCCAAUAAAUGGCAAGGUUUGAGUGUGCAUAUGGCAGACAAGCUUGAAUUUGCCACAUUAGCUCAGCUCAACGGGAGGUUGACGCUCGUUGGCGGCACUUGUGGUGGCGACGCCUGUGUGUGGGAGCUGGAUGACAGACACGUGUGGUGUUUAAAAGAGAAGAUGCCGGUUGAAUUGAGGUUGAAGCUUUUAGAGGGCAAGGCAAGUUGGGGUACGACUAAGUGUGUAAGGGGUGAUGGGGCUAUUUGUUUGUAUAGGGACCUUGGGUCAGGAAUGGUGGUGUGGAGAGAAGUUGGUGAGAAAGGUAGAUGGGAAUGGUUUUGGGUUAAGGGGUGUUGUUCAAUAAAAGGCAAACCAGUACAAAACAUGCCGAUUAAAGGUGUGCUUAUUCAUCCCAAUCUUGCUCCAUCAUAUCCAUAG